AUGGAUCCACUGCAAGCAGUCCACCUAGGUCCCCGGAAGAAGAGGCCUAGACAGAUGGGCACCUCGGUGGCCGCCACAUCUCAUGACAUCAGAUUUCGAGACUUGGUCCUCUUCAUUUUGGAGAAGAGAAUGGGAACAUCUCGAAGAGCCUUCCUCAUGGAGCUGGCCCGAAGGAAAGGGUUCAGGGUGGAAAGCGAACUCAGUGAUUCUGUCACCCACAUUGUGGCAGAGAACAACUCAGGUUCAGACGUCCUGGAGUGGCUCCAUCUACAGAACAUCAAAGCCAGCUCCCAGCUUGAACUCCUUGACGUCUCCUGGCUGAUUGAGUGCAUGCGAGCCGGGAAACCGGUGGAGAUGACAGGGAGACACCAGCUUGUUGUGAGAAGAAACUCUUCCCUGAGUCGUGCCCCAGGCUCCCAGGACACCCAGGCUCCACCACCUACUGUACAAAAGAUUUCCCAGUAUGCUUGUCAGAGAAAGACCACGUUAAACAACUGUAACCGGAUGUUCACGGAUGCCUUUGAUAUCCUGGCUGAAAAUUAUGAGUUUAGAGAGAAUGAAGGCUGUUAUGUGGCGUUCAUGAGGGCAGCUGCUGUACUGAAAUCUCUGCCGUUCCCCAUUAUCACCAUGAAAGACACAGAGGGAAUCCCUUGCCUAGGGGACAAGGUGAAGUGUAUCAUAGAGGGAAUUAUUGAGGAUGGAGAAAGUUCUGAAGUUAAAGCCGUGUUAAAUGAUGAACGAUAUAAAUCCUUCAAACUCUUUACUUCUGUGUUUGGAGUGGGUCUGAAGACAGCUGAGAAAUGGUUCAGGAUGGGUUUCAGAACUCUCAGUAAAAUCAAGUCAGACAAAAGCCUGCGGUUUACGCGGAUGCAGAAAGCAGGAUUCCUCUACUACGAAGACCUUGUUAGCUGUGUGAACAGGGCAGAAGCAGAGGCCAUCAGCGUGCUAGUUAAAGAGACAGUUACAGCCUUUCUUCCAGAUGCCUUGGUCACCAUAACUGGGGGCUUCCGAAGGGGUAAGAUGACUGGGCAUGAUGUAGACUUUCUAAUUACCAGCCCAGGAGCCACAGAGGAAGAAGAGCAGCAACUCUUGCAUAAAGUGACAGACUUGUGGGGACAGCAGGGGUUGCUUUUGUACUGUGACCUCAUCGAGUCGACAUUCGAGAAGUUCAAGCUGCCAAGCAGGAAGGUGGAUGCUCUCGAUCACUUCCAGAAAUGCUUCCUGAUUUUGAAGCUGUACCACCAGAAAGUGGACGGCGGCGACAAGAGCAGCCAGCAGGAAGGAAAGGGCUGGAAGGCCAUCCGCGUAGACUUGGUCAUGUGUCCCUACGAUCGCCGGGCCUUCGCCUUGCUCGGAUGGACGGGCUCCAGGCAGUUUGAGAGAGACUUGCGGCGUUAUGCCACCCAUGAGCGGAAGAUGAUGCUGGAUAACCAUGCUCUGUAUGACAAGACCAAGAGGGUGUUUCUUGAAGCAGACAGUGAAGAAGAGAUCUUUGCCCACCUGGGAUUGGAUUACAUUGAACCACAGGAAAGAAAUGCCUAAGAAUGAGUUGACAUUGUUCUCUUCAGGUUAGACAAAUUGUGCCGUGUGUUAGUCAAAGAUGGCUUAGGGAAGUCUGGGAUUGUUUAGGCCCCAGGGAAUGCAGACAGCAAAUGGAUCGUAUGGAUACUAUGCAUAGAGAAUAUUCUAGAGCAACUUCGGAGGCUUGAUAAGCCGGGGCACGGCCACGGGUCACAUUCUCAGGCUGUCUGUCCCACUGUUGCACAGAAUUCGUGUUUUUUUCAAUAAAAAUGGUAUUGUCAUCAGUGUGUCAUCCAGAGAAGUGCAUCAAAGCCCACCUAACCCCUGUG